CGUCAUUAGAUUCAGUGGGCUCACUUUUUUCUCGUUUCGGCACGGAUUUGUUCGCAUGUAAAUUAAUUUUUCUCGUGAUUCGGUCCACAAUUGAAAAGUUGGACACUUUUUGUCCGAAAUUUCCGAUAGAAAAAUGACCCGUGCCGGUUUUACGGUACUAUUGACGGCGUGCUUCCUUCUGGCAUCAAGAUUUGCCGUGGCAAACGAUGUUUUUGGUUGCGGCGGUUUCAUCAAAAAUGCGAACUCCGAUCUGGAUUUCAGCAAGGUGGAGGUCGGCCUGUACAAUCCACAGGGCAGUUUGAAGAUCAAGACAGACUGUUCGCCGUCAAAUGGGUACUACUUCAUACCGCUGUACGAUAAGGGAGAGUACGUUUUAAAGGUUAUUCCUCCACCCGGUUGGAGCUUCGAACCGGAGCAGGUUCCAAUCAAGUUUGAUGGUGCAACGGAUGUGUGCAGCCAAGGAAAGGACGUAAAUUUCCUUUUUAAGGGAUUUGGUAUUACUGGAAAGGUGGAGAUCUAUGGACACGAUGUAGGAGCGAAAGGCGUGCAAGUGGAGCUGCGCUCGGAGAGCAACACAAAAAUCGGACAAACUUUUACGGAUAGUAAUGGGAUUUUUUCGUUCACACCCAUCAAGUCAGGUAGAUACGUAAUUAAAGUAAAACACGAUAAGUGGCACUUUGUGAAGGCGGAAUACACGGUAACGGUGACAACUGGAAAUACGGAGAUUCCUGCAAAAUCACUGGUCGUGUCGGGUUUCGACGUGGAAGGACGGAUUCAUAGCGAUGGGCAGCCUUUUGUCAAUGUAGGAUUUGUGCUGUAUCCAGAGAAGGGAGCCGAGGUGUUGUUGAAGUGCGCCUCGGAUAAUGUCCCAGCUGUGAGCGGAACGAAUCCUAACUACAGUGAAACUGCACAUUGCUUUGUAGAAGCAAACAAGGCAACAGGAACGUUCACGUUUGCGGGAGUGUCAUCCGGGAAGUAUCGCGUGGUACCGGUGUUCAACAACAAGGCUAUCAAGUUCCACCUUCGACCGGAAGCAAUCGAAUUCUCAGUGGGGCGCGAUGGUUUGCGCUUGUCGGAGAGCUUCGAGGUAACCGGAUUCAGCGUCAGUGGAAAGGUGUUGCAAGUUGAGAAUGGAUCAGGCGUACGUAGUGCCAAAGUUAAACUGAACGGAAAGGAAGUGGCCACGACUGAUAACGAAGGAAAGUACACGUUGAAUAAUAUUCAGGCAGGCACUUAUACCAUACAAGUUACCGCUGACGAUUUGCAUUUCAAGGACCGGAUUGUAAAAAUCUCGUUAAGUGAUCCAGCGCUUCCAGAUGUUAUUGUAUCUGGAUUUAAAGUAUGCGGUCAAGUGAUCUCCAAAAAGUCCUACCGAGUGGCCAUUACGAAAAAAGCAUCCUCGACUACAGUUGAAGUGACAACGAAGGAAAACACCGCAGGCGAGUGGUGCACAUUUUUGGAAAAUGGUCAUUACACCGUCAAAGUUCUAACUAGCGAACAAGAACACUCCGCUGGAAUCCAGUUCUUCCCUUUGACACAGUCGAUUCAUGUCGACCGAUCGCCUCAAAGUGGUAUUAUCUUCUCUCAGUUGAGAGCCACUGUUACUGGAGAGGUUCGUUGCCUGCCGGAUGCUGGAAAUGCUUGCUUGAAAGAUGUCUCUGUCACACUGACUCCGUUAGAUGUCAAUGGCAACCCAACUGGCCAGGUGUCCAACGCUGAACUACAAGGUGGCAAAUAUUCGUUUGCAAAUGUCCUUCCUGGUAGUUACGAAGUGAGCGUCCCGAAAGGUAAACUUUGCUGGCAAUCGAACACGGUCAAGUUCAAUGUGAAGACCGCCCAGGAAACUGUUCCUACGCUGGUUCAAAGUGGAUACAUGGUUUCAAUUGUAUCAAGUCACGCUGUUAAGAUGACCUACAAACUAAAAGGUGUCGAAGGUGCCAAACAGGAAGAAAUGUUACUCACUUCCGGAAUGAACAUGUUCUGCGUACAGAAAGCGGGAAGCUAUGAAAUCAAUCUCUCGGGAUGUCAUCGAUAUGGUGCAGAUGUGCCAAAAGUUUUUUCAACUUCCGAUGUAGCGCCAGUUAGUAUUUCUGCUUUGAGCCAUCGUCACACUGUUAAAAUUCUGGCUGAAGAGAAAGACACCUACAAGACUUUAGUCACUUCCAAAUCCGGAACGGAAACAAUCGAAUUCAAAGCAAGCGACAAACGAUUUGAGAAUUCCAAUGUUUAUGAACAUGAUUUCUUCCUGAAACAAGGAGAACAAAUCACUUUAGUCCCAGUUAGCGAAAUUAUGUUAUUCACUCCGACUGCACUGGAAGUCGUCGGAGCGUCGGAUUGCACCGAAGUUCCCACUAAGAUAAUAGCUCGGAAGGGUUUACUAAUCAAUGGAAAAACCUCACCACCGAUCAAAGAUGCAAAAAUUACUCUGCUCUUCCCAAACAAUCCGGAACUGUCUCCGCUAGUAGCUCUGACUAAUGACAACGGUGGGUUCCGCUUCGGUCCCAUUGAUUCCAGCGUGGCAGUGGAGCUAUCCGCUGAAAAGGAAUCAUAUGUGUUCUCGACAUUCGAUAAGGCCACCAAUUCGUUCAGCGGACACAAGCUGUGUGAGAUUAUCGUAACCGUGAAAGAUGACGCAGGAAAUAGAUUGCCCGGAGUUUUGCUGUCCUUAUCCGGUGCAGAGAGCUAUCGCAAAAAUCUAGUCACCGGUGAAGAUGGUACAAUCAAGUUCCAUUCGCUUUCACCCAGCGAAUAUUAUCUUCGAGCGAUGAUGAAAGAGUACGAAUUUAAGCCAAAUUCUAAGUUGAUUCAAGUGAAGGAUGGUGCCACGGUGAACGAGGAACUACGAGGUACGCGUACCGCUUUCUCGAUAUUUGGUUCCAUUACCUCCCUAAACGGAGAGCCAUUCCCGAAGGUUACUGUCGAAGCGGUAACAGAUGAGCGAUGUGGAAACCAUCUUGAAGAGAGUACCAGCGAACCCAACGGCCAAUACCGCAUUCGAGGUCUCCACCCGGGCUGUCAAUACACUAUUCGUGUUCGAACGGAUGGUCCUUCCUCAAAUGUCGACCGUUCGAUUCCCACAGAAAAGAUCAUCAACAUCGCGAAGGGCGACGUUCGUGAUGUCAACAUGAUCGCCAUUAGUCCUAUUUCCUUCGUCGAUGUCACCAUCCGAGUGCUAGCCUCGGAGAACGACUACUACAAGUCCCUCAAGGUAUUCCUCUACAAAAAAGGUAGCGAUUCGCCAGUUCAUUCGCAGCGUGUCGAAUCCCCACUGAACCCCAAAAGCAAGAUCAACCCCGGAAUUAUGGUGUUCUUCCCGCGAAUUCCGUUCGAUGGCAAAUCCUACUACAUCGAACUGACCUCCACCCUCUCGGAGAAAAACUACAAAUUCUCCCUCCCAAUGGUCGAAUUCACGGCCAACCGCAGCACCUUCUUCAGCGAGUUGCACUUCGAACCGGAGUUGCGGACCGCCGAAAGUGAUCUCAACCAAAACUCGCUGUCAGCCAUCGUGCUGAUUCUACUCGUUGGAUUCGUCUUCUUCAAGCAGGACCUGGCGCUGGAGCUACUCGGCUUAGCGUGGAAUAAACUGGGUAGCGCCGUCGGGGAUCUGAUAACUAAAUCCAAACCAAAGGAACCGAAGUACGAACCGGCGACGUUCGACGAGAGGGAGAUUGACAAGCUCGCUUCCAGCAUCAAUGCAAUCAAGAAGAAGAAGGUGAAGAAAGCGAACUAGUAAACGUGUGCAGCUCACAUUAGUCAAGUUGAGGUAGUAGAACCGUAGAAAAGGUAAGUGGUUUAUUUUUAUUUGGUACGAGUAUCGAAGGUUGAGUUAGAAAGCCGUAAUUUAUAAGAGAUGUGGUGAAUGAAUUCGAUACAAAAUAAAUCGAAGAUCCAGUCGAGAAAA